GAGGGGAGGAGCCCGGCGCUGCGGGGCGGAAGUACUUUCUUGGCAGCGGAAGUGAUUGCUACUGCGGGGCAAGAUGGCGGCACCCAGCGGGGCCUAAAGCAGGGGAAUAAGAAGAGAACCCCACAGCCUGGAACAGAUCUCAGCGGGGAGGACUCUACGGUGACAAAAUGCUGUCAAGACCAAAGCCAGGGGAGUCCGAGGUGGACUUGUUGCGAUUCCAGAAUCAGUUUCUUUCUUCAGGGACUACCCCAGCUGUGCGAAUAGCAAGGAAAGUAAACAAGAAGGACAGAUGUGCUGAUGAGGAACUGCCCAUUCUUCAGGAUCAGCGGGAUGUGGUGACGUUAGACAAGCUUCCAGAUUUACCCCCCACUCUAGUCCCUGCUCCUCCAAAGAGGGCAAGGCCCAGUCCACGCUUCAAGCUGCCUGAGGACCAGGACCCUGAGGAGAGGCUAGAUCAGCAUGACCGGCACAUCACAGCUGUCUUCACCAAAAUUAUUGAACAUGAUACCAGUGCAAUGGCUGUGACCAUGCCUCUUCCCAGUGGAGUGGCUUUCCCCCGUGUUUUCCAUCGAUCACAGAAAGCCACCCAGGAGAAAACACCAACAUCUGGAAAGAGAAGCAUUUUUGCCCAGGAGAUUGCAGCGAGGAGGAAGGCUGAGGCAAACAACACACCAGUGCAGAUGUCUAUACCUGCCUGGGGCCAACAGGAUGGAUCCCUGACAACCGAAGCACUAGGACUUAGGGAACAGGGCUCGUGUGUUCCAGAGACUGGCAAGAGUUCCCAGGGGCCCCGGCUCAUCACUGGAGAGGGUCUCCAGAGUGAGGAUGCCCAGCGUGAGAUCCAGACCAUCCAUGAGGAGAACUUGGCAAAGCUGCAUGCCUUGGGCCCAGAGGAGAUCCUUGAAGAGCAGCAGAAGCUGCUGGCCCAGCUAGAUCCGAGCUUGAUCGCUUUCCUGAAGUCUCAACGUAGCACCAAUGGUCAGGCGGGAGUGGAAGGUAUGGAAGAACAGAAGUCGGGGACUGUUGUUCAUGAGACCCCCAAAGAGGAGCCAGUGGAGCCACCACCUCCCAGUGGGUACAAGUGGAAACAACCGGAGCUGGCCACCUCAGCUCCAGAAUUGCCUGUGACCCCUCAAAAGGAGUGGCUUCACAUGGAUUCUGUGGAAUUGGAAAAGCUUCAGUGGACCCAGGAUCUGCCUCCACUCCGACGGCAGAAAACCCAGGAGGGGAUGCAGCAGGCACGUUUCAGUCUCCAGGGAGAGCUGCUGGCCCCUGAUGCAGACCUGCCCACUCAUCUAGGCCUGCAUCAUCACGGCGAGGAGGCAGAGAGAGCAGGAUACUCCCUUCAAGAGAUAUUCCAUCUGGCCCGAAGCCAGAUCUCCCAGCAGAGAGCACUGGCCCUGCAGGUGUUGGCCCGAAUCAUCUCUAAAGCCCAGGGAGGCGAAUUUGGGAGUCAGCUGACAGACAGUGUCCUGCGCCUCCUGUUGGAUGCUGGUUUCCUCUUCCUGCUGCGUUUUUCACUGGAUGACAAUGUGGACAGUGUUAUUGCGGCUGCUGCGUGGGCACUCCGGGCCCUUUUGGUGGCUCCUGGAGACGAGGAACUCCUGGACAACACCUUCUCCUGGUAUCAGGGAGUGGCUGUAUUUCCCUUGAUGCCAUGUCAAGAAGAAGAAGAAGAAGAGGAGGAUGAAGAAACCCCAGCAGAAAAAGCAAGAAAGAAGAGCCCCCAAGAGACCCGACCCCCACCAGACCUGGCCCGACACGAUGCUGUCAAGGGUCUCCUGGCUACUCAGCUGUUGCCUAGACUUCGAUACCUACUUGAGGUGACCUACCCAUCACCCACUGUGGUCCAGGACAUUCUUGCUGUGCUGAUUCGAGUGGCACGGCACUCUCUAGAGUCAGCCACAAAGGUUCUAGAGUGCCCUCGGCUGAUAGACACCCUUGUUCGAGAGUUCUUGCCCUCAAGCUGGUCACCUGUAGGAGAAGGACCAAUUUCCCGCCUACAUGGCGUGCCCUGUGCUGCUGCCAUGAAGCUGCUCCGUGUCCUGGCAUCAGCUGGCAGGAAUAUUUCUGCGCGUCUGAUGAGUGGUUUUGAUCUUCGAAGUCGCCUAUGUCGCUUUGUAUCUGAGGCCCCCCAGGAAUUGGCCAUGCCCAUCCAGGAGGCUGAACAACUGAACACAGAGUCCUUUAGGCUCUGGGCAGUAGCUGCUACCUAUGGCCAGGGUGGAGACCUUUACAGAGAACUCUACCCAGUGCUGAUUCGGGCCCUUCAGGCCCUGCCCCAGGAGCUGAGCAUCCGGCCCCACAGCCGACUGGCCAUGCUUCGAAUCUCAGCCUUAAUCACCUUGCUCACCCACAUGACUCAGGCAUCGAGCAGCAGCGGCACAGAGCUCCAUGCCCUGGCCAGCAAUAACCCUACCGAGUCCAACCUGUCGCCUGUCCCUCCCUCAGUCACUUGGGUGCAAGUAUCUGGGCUCCGUCCUCUCGUAGAACCAAUUCUUCAGCAAGUCCUGAAGGAGCUGCCCCAGCCUGACACCUGGAGGGCCUUGGCCUCACUGCCAUCUGCCUGCCUGCUCUACCUAGCAGCCCACUAUCAGGCCUGGAGUCAGCAGCCAAAGCUGUGCCCUGGAGAGUGUCUUCAGGAUGUGGAGCGAAUCUCAAAGGAAUUGGUAUUGCCCCUGCUGAGUCAGCCUGCCUUUCAGGCCCUGUGGGAUUCACUCAGGCCCUGCUCCCCACUCUGCAAUCCACUGUCCUGUGCCCCAGCUCCAGAGUCCGUCCCUAAUCUUGUCUCUCUGGGUUGUGGGGGAGGCUGUCCACCCCUCAGUCUGGCUGGAUCAUCUUCAGCCUUCCCUUUCCUCACCUCCCUCCUCUCUCUUAUCAACACCCUGGUCCGAAUUCAUAAGGGGCUCUGUGGCCAGCUUGCUUCAGUGUUGGCUACCCCAGGGCUCCAAGAUUACCUGCUUCAUUGUGGAGCAGCCUCUCGUGCCCCCCGACUCACCCCAUUCUUGGCUUGGGCUCUGAGACAUGAAUACCACCUACAAUACCUAGUUCUCACCCUGGCACAGAGAACGGCUGGGCUCAGACCAGAUCCAAUGCCAGAUGCCAUUCUCUAUCACACUGUGGCACUAACACUAGUGAGUCACCUGCUGCCAGGCAGUGAGUCCCUGGCCCAUGAGCUGUUGCUGGGCCCUGUGUUCCGGCCAGAAUUUCUCCCGGAAGGAGCUUCAGGGGGGCCCGAGGCAGCUGACUUUUCCGACAAGUUAAAUCUGGGCAGCAGCAGGAGGCCUGGAUCAGGACGAGGGGCCCUGCUGGCAGAAGCAUGUCGGGACCUCCCCAGCAUUCGGGGCUGCUAUCUGGCACAUUGCACACUGCCCUACCCUGCCCUGCUGCAUUCCCAGGCCUUGUACUGGGGACAAACCCUUCACAUUCCUUCGUUGCUACUUCCCGUGCCAAAGGAGCCACUGCUGCCUGCAGACUGGCCCUUCCUCCCUCUCAUUCACCUCUACCACCAGGCCUCUGGCCCUGUCUCUAAGGCUCUUCCCUCCAGCUCACUGGGCACGGCCACCCGUGCCUUGCAAUGGGUGCUGGUCCUGGAGAGCUGGCGCCCUUCCAGCCUCCGGGCAGUGCCUCCUGCUGCCCGCUUGGCGAGGCUCAUGUGUGUGUUCCUGAUGGACAGUGACUUUUUCCGUGAGGCCCCCAUCCAGCACCACAUCACGGCCCUGCUUUCCUGGCUUUGCCAGCCCCAGGCACAGUCUCUCCUAAAGCUGGACUGUCCCUUGCCUGGCUUGGCCUCCUUCCCAGACCUCUACACCAGCUUCCUCGAGCAUUUCGAAGCCGUCUCCUUUGGGGACUCUCUCUUUGGCAUGCUGGUUCUGCUCCCCUUGCAGCGCCGAUACAGUGUCACCUUACGCCUUUCCCUUUUUGGGGAACAUGUGGGAGCCCUUCGAGCCCUUGGAUUGCCCCUUACCCAGUUGCCUGUGUCCCUGGAAAACUACAUAGCACCCCCUGAAGACAACCUGGAGCUCCUGAAACUCUAUUUCCAAGCCCUGGUGAUGGGUACUCUGUGCCCACACUGGUGUCCUGUGCUCUAUGCUGUAGCUGUGGCCCACAUCAAUAGCUUCAUCUUCUCCCAGGACCCAAAGAGUUCAGACGUGGUGGUAGCUGCCAGCAAGUGGAUGCUCCAGAAGACUUGGCUGCUGGCCAAUGAGUGUCUCAAGCAGCACCUUCUCUACUACAAGCUUCCCAAUGUGGCCCUGCCUGAGGGCUUUGAGUUGUACACUCAGCUGCCUCCCUUGCGACAAAACCGUCUUCAGGAUGUUACCAACGGACUAGUCAAGGAUGGGGUGCCAGGGUCUUAGUGCCACUGCCAGCAAAUGGACAGAUGACCAUAUUUUCCUGGGGACCCAAAGAGGGAUUCGCUCUUCUAGAGAAGAUGGGAUCAUCUCCAAGAGUCAAACAGAAAAGCUUGUCCUGUAGAGACAAGCCGGGGGCCUCCCUUAGGCCCUAGGGGAGCCUGAUGGACCGGUGCACUUAACUCCCUUCCAUGGGCUUGGGUCUCAGACAUCCUUUUCUCUGAAAAUGACCAGUGAGGGCUAGGCCGGCCUGGCUGUACCUCCUCCUCUAAGACCAGAGUCUGAUAGUUCAGUGGCUGUCUGUAUGCACUGAAAUAAAUAGUUUCUUCCUUUAUACUCUUCUGGCCACAUGACUUCCUCUUCUGUUGAUCAUUGGUGUCCAUGAUAUGUGGCAGCAUCAUUUCAGAGUUAGGGAUGGCUGCAGAUUGCUUGGCUCAGUCAGCCACACCCGAAUGAGCCUGUGCUUGGACAGGCCCAUGUCUGGCCCUGCGUACUCUGAUCAGACCACUUUUUAUUGAUAAUUAAGUGUGGUAGGGUCUGGGUGUGGGGACAGCCCUGUCUGUUCACACCCCUCUUUUAGAUUUCCUGUUGCUCAUCUCCACCUACUUCUUUUCCAAGUGGAUAUCUUAUCAGGACCUGCUUCUUCUUAGGAAGAUGGUCAUAGGAUGAGUAAAAGCAAGUGGUGGGAGGUUGUAGUGAGUAGUAAGAGAGAAGUUGCACUGAGAAGCAUUUAGGCUACAUCAGGAACCAUAUAAGUGAAGGUUACAGACUGCUCAGGAAGUGGGAUAUGGGGUUACUUGGGCCACAUCUGGAAUGAGGAGAACAAGAACAUAUGGCAGAUUGAUUUCCCCCAUAAGCCCAGCCUCAGGAUUGGAAUCCAGUCCUGAUCAGUACUGGCUGUGAUGAGUCCAUUAUGCCUCCCACGUGUAUAUCACUGCUUCUGGAUCUUUUUCCCAGUCCUACAUGGAAUUAGCCAUCUCAGAAGCCUAAUUUGAGACAUCAGCAGUCUCCUUAGUAGCAAUUGGUCAACACCUGUGUCCAUCAACCUCUAAUCCAGAGAUUGGGAGUGGAGGGGAGGAAAUUGGUUCAGAGGCAGUAAUGGGAGAUGUCAUACUAUCUGCAUAUACAGAUAGAGGUAAUCAGUGCUCUCAGGGUUUUCAUAUCCUUCCUUUGGUUUCCAUUUUAACUUUGAACUUUCUGUCAUGUAAAACCAAGGAUCAAGACACCCAAUGGUUUGUUAACAAAAACAAUAAAUACAGUGUAAAGC